CAGGGAUUGAAUCUGCACCCUCAUGGAUGCUAGUCAGAUUCAUUAACUACUGAGCCACUGAUGGGAACUCUAUAUUUUAUUUUUUUUCUGUCAUGGCUCUAUGGCAUAUGAAGUUCCCGGGCUAGGGAUCAGAUCUGGACCACAGCUUCAACCCAUGCCACAAUUACAGCAGUGCUGGAUCCUUUUAAUCCACUGUUCCAGGUCAGGGAUUGAACCUGUGUCCUCGCACUGCAGAAAUGCCGCUGAUCCCUUUGUGCCACAGCAGAAACUCCAAUUGUACAUUGUUAUUAAUAUGUCCUUGACAUUUCCUUUAUGCCACAUAGUCUUUGUGACCAUAUUUUUAAUAAUUGCAUGAUAUUCUAUCAAGUUGAAUGCAUUCCUAUUUGCAUAACCAUUCACCUAUUAUUAAAUUCUUAGGUUCCCUCUAAAUUUUCCCUAGAAUGAAAAAUUCUUCAGUAAGCUGUGAUUCAUUCAGCAGAUUCAGUAAGUACUCACUGUGUAUAAGGAGCUUUGCUUGGCUCUGGGAGCACAGGGCUCUCAGUUUAUAAGGGGAGAUGUGUGUAGGGAACCCUGGCCUGCAGUAAACACCGGCAUGGAUAAGUUACUAAAAAAGUACCGAGGAGAGGACAGAAUGUCAGACUCUGCCUGGAGAGCUCAGGGAAGGCAGGAAAGGGUUGUGGGUGAUGAGUUAAGUGAGUUAACGGGGGUGAGUUGCAGGUUACUAAGGACUUUAUAAGCCAUCUUAUAGAAUAGAACUUUUAUCUUCAGUGCAAGGGGAAAGUCAAGUUUUGAGAAGAGAACUGGCAUUAUCUACUGAGGCAAGGUGGUAACAGAGAGUUUAAUUAGGAAAUUAUUAAGGAAUCCAGGUGAGGGGUGACUUACACCAGGUGGAAAUGGUGGAGGUUGUAUGAAGUGGCCAGAUGGGAAGAAAUAGCCCAUGUCAUGAGCUGUUGGAUGUGACAGUGUCAAAGAGAGAAAAGUCAAAGAUGGGCUCUCAGGCAUUCAUUCACCCCAAGGGACUGCAACGGUGGAGUUGCUAUUUCCAUAAACAAGGAAGGAUGUAGGAGGAGCAAGUUUGGGAAAAAAAGUGGGUUAAGGAUCUGGCUUUGCUGUGGCCUGUGGUGUAGGUCCAAGACUUGGCUCAGAUUGGGUGUUGCUGUGGCUCUGGUGUAGGCCAGAAGCUGCAGCUCCCAUUCAUCCCCUUGCCUGGGAACUUCCAUAUGCUGCUGCAGGUUUGGCUCUAAAAAGAGAUACAAUACAAUAAAAUAAAAAAUAAAAUAAAAUUCACGGAGAAAGAGGUUUGUCCUGGAGUUAUAAAUUUGGGAGAUAUCUGUAUACAAUAUUUUUAACAUUAAAAAAAAACCAGUAUAGUUAUUUACCCAUUAUUACUCCUCUCAUAUAGAAUUUUCAUUGGUAUUUUCCUUUUUUAAAUCCAAAUAAACUUUAGAGUCACUUUGUGAAAUUUAUUUUCUAAAGUAUGUUGGAAAUUUUACUAGAAGACUGUGUAUAAAUUUACUGGAAGACUGACUAUAAGGUAAUUUGAAAAGACUUGACACCUUUAAAAUGGAUCUUUGUAACCAGCAACAAAUUAUUCUCUCCAUUUAGUUUUCCUUUAUUUCUUCUAAGAGUUCCUUCUUUUUCUGACAAAUAGUUCAUACACAUUUCUUGAUAAUAUUAUUCCCAAGUGUUAUAUACUUUUUGUUGCCAUCGUUAGUAAAUUUCAUUCCAUUGGUGUUCUGGUAGUUUUUGCCUUCUGAAGGAAUUAUAUUGAUAUAUUUGGCCACGUCACUAAAUUGUGGGUAUUAUAAAUAAUAUCCUUGAUUUCUUUGAUUUUUUUUCCCCAGCAAUAGAAUCAUAUUGUCUGCAAACAAUCAUUUAAUCUUUUUCCUUUCAACCCUUGUAUCCGAUUUCUGCUCGUGCCAAGAAAAGAAGUCUUAAUUUAAGAUGGGGGAACUGUUGGUAAGGAGAAAAUUAAUAUCUAAAAGUCUAGUCACAGCUUAUAAUUUUUGUUUAGUUUUCACUUUAGGCUUAUUCUAGUUAUUUAUUUUCCUUUAUAUAAUUUAUUUCUGAUGGAUUUAUUUUUAGUACCUAAAGUUCAUCUGUUUUAGGUUUAUGCAUUAUCUUCAGUAGUUGGUUUGGGUGUGGUAGAUAUUUGGUUUUCAUCCAUUUUGCUCUUCCAGGGACAUAUUCUCUGACUCCUUGAGCAUCACAGAUGGGGGGAAACACUCUUUUCCUCUUGAAUCAGCAUUUACGUUUUAUGGAUGCAGAAACAAAUUAAACCCAGUAGAAAGCACAUAACCAAGCAAUUUCAGUCCUAUAAGUGAAUAAAGCCCUAAUGAAAAUUUAAAGUUCAGUAGUCUCUCCAUUUCCCCUCAAAUGAACAAAAACAAAAACUUUAAGCAUGUUUAAAAAUUAUUGCCUGUACACUUAUAAGGCAGUUGAUUUUGAAAACUGAUUUUAUUUUCAAACUAAGUUUUACCAACACGAAAAUUAUAUUUAAAAAAACUUUCUAAAUACAAAACCAGUUUCACUUCUGAUGGCGAUUGUCAAUCAGAAAAGGACUUGCUGAUGCAGCUUAGAUUUCUGGAAUGCUUUAUCUUGAAUUUUCAAGCUAACUUUCAAGUUUUAUUUUCUAUUUGUUAAGCCUCAUGUGACCUUUCUCCGUGAAUGAGCAGUGGACGCUAUCUGACACGUUAGGACUUUGUACCUCCAAGGGUGGAUUUGCAGGACAGCUUUUAAUUGGCCUGCAUUGGCUUGUUUAAAUAGCCAAACACCUGCUGGGCAAGCCCCUGCGCAUGUGAGUGGCUAUAUGUUCCUUCCUUUAGGAUUUGCAAGGCUGGAGCACAAAGACAGCGAUUGUUACCCAAUAAGCAGUAGUCACACACUUCUACCAAUCGCCUUAGGAGGGCUGGUUACCAUGGAAUCCACCAUCUGUUCACUCCCCGCCGGAAUGUGAUUAUCCUUGCUGGGCUGGGAACUGGGGGAAGCAGGGAGCGUGUGCUGUGUGAAAUGAUCUGCAAUGGACUGGGUUAAUGGGAGGCUAGAUCUGACUCACGAGAAGAACAAAUGAAGGGAGUUUUACUUCUUAACCAUUUGUGACUUCUAACCAAGAGGAAUAAAUUCAGCUUUUAUAAGGCAGCAGUAUCUGUCCAAAGAUUACUAUAGUUCCACCUUGUUUGAAAAGCAGCACAACCACGUUGAUUGAUGAGAAUGUAUGUGUUGAAGAGGCUCAGGGAAUAAAUGGGAAAACGCCAGCAAAACACCCAGCUCCAAGUCCAAAGCCACAAGUGCCUCCAAAGCCAUUACAUCUGCAGAAUUCACCUUCGUCCAAUAUACACCAAACCCCCAGGCACAAAGCUUUAUCUAGUGCAAAACCAAGGAUGGAGGAAGUAAAACCUGCCUCUGCUUCUUGUGUCUCAAAAGAAAAACCCAGUAAGGUAUCAGAUCUCAUCAGUCGCUUUGAAGGAGGCAGCCCAUUAACAAAUUACAGUGAAUUGAAGAAAGAUUCUGCUAUAAACCUAAAUGUUCCUAGAACCCCAGGAAGGCACGGAUUGACAACCACACCUCAGCAAAAACUCCUCUCCCAGUACUUACCAGAGAAGCAGGGACAUGAUACGGAUCACACUCAGGGUGUACAGACUUGCGUGGUUAAUGGUAUGGUAGCAGCACAAAACCAGAUGGAAUGUGAGGAGGAUAAAGCAGCCACUCUUAGCCCAGAUACUCCUGUUCAGACUUCCGAACCCUUGCCCGAUACAGACUUAGUAAAUGGAGAAAAAGAAGAAAAAACCACAGUCCCUGCAUUGCCCACAACAAGUGACUGUGAGGGAAGUGCUUCUGACAGUAGCUGCAGGACUCCACCUGUCGGCCCAGUGCUCCCCCUGGAAGAAGGGAGGGCAGACACAGAAGACAAGGUACAAGAGAGGGAAAAUGGAGAAAGCCCUCUGGAAUUGGAUCAGCUAGACCAACAGCAUGAGAUGAAGGAGACCAAUGAGCAAAAACUUCACAAAAUAGCCAAUGAGCUUUUGCUUACGGAAAGAGCUUACGUCAGCCGACUUGACCUCUUAGAUCAGGUAUUUUACUGCAAACUAUUGGAAGAAGCAAAUCGAGGCUCAUUUCCAGCAGAGAUGGUGAAUAAAAUCUUUUCUAAUAUUUCAUCAAUAAAUGCCUUCCAUAGUAAAUUCCUAUUGCCAGAGCUGGAGAAGAGAAUGCAAGAAUGGGAAACGACUCCUAGAAUUGGUGACAUCCUUCAGAAAUUGGCACCAUUCCUUAAGAUGUAUGGAGAAUAUGUGAAGGGGUUUGAUAAUGCAAUGGAAUUGGUUAAAAACAUGACAGAGCGUAUUCCCCAGUUCAAGUCAGUAGUUGAAGAAAUUCAGAAACAGAAGAUCUGCGGGAACUUGACUUUGCAGCAUCACAUGCUAGAACCUGUUCAGCGGAUUCCCCGGUAUGAGAUGCUCCUUAAGGAUUACCUAAGGAAACUGCCCCCUGAUUCUCUGGACUGGAAUGAUGCUAAAAAAUCACUUGAAAUUAUAUCUACAGCAGCAAGCCAUUCUAAUAGUGCAAUAAGAAAAAUGGAGAACCUAAAGAAACUCUUAGAGAUUUAUGAAAUGUUGGGAGAAGAAGAAGACAUUGUAAAUCCUUCAAACGAACUAAUAAAAGAAGGACAGAUCCUCAAGCUAGCUGCUCGGAACACAUCAGCACAAGAACGCUACCUUUUCUUAUUCAACAACAUGUUGCUGUACUGUGUGCCAAGAUUCAGCUUGGUGGGCUCUAAAUUCACAGUUCGAACCAGGGUUGGCAUCGAUGGAAUGAAAAUUGUGGAGACUCACAAUGAAGAAUAUCCACAUACUUUCCAGGUAUCUGGGAAAGAGAGGACACUGGAACUACAAGCCAGCUCUGAGCAAGAUAAAGAGGAAUGGAUCAAGGCACUUCAAGAGACUAUUGAUGCUUUCCAUCAGAGGCAUGAAACCUUCAGAAAUGCAAUUGCCAAGGAUAAUGACAUUCAGUCAGAGGUUUCUACUGCUGAACUAGGAAAAAGGGCUCCAAGAUGGAUCCGAGAUAAUGAAGUUACGAUGUGUAUGAAAUGCAAAGAGCCUUUUAAUGCACUGACACGGAGAAGGCAUCAUUGUCGAGCAUGUGGUCAUGUGGUUUGUUGGAAGUGUUCUGACUAUAAAGCUCAACUUGAGUAUGAUGGUGGUAAAUUGAGCAAAGUUUGUAAAGACUGUUAUCAAAUAAUAAGUGGCUUCACAGACAGUGAAGAAAAGAAAAGAAAAGGAAUUUUAGAGAUUGAAUCAGCAGAAGUAUCUGGAAACAGCGUGGUGUGCAGCUUUCUUCAGUAUAUGGAAAAGUCAAAACCUUGGCAGAAAGCUUGGUGUGUGAUCCCCAAACAAGACCCUCUUGUACUGUACAUGUACGGUGCCCCCCAGGAUGUCAGGGCCCAGGCCACCAUUCCACUCCUGGGCUAUGUUGUGGAUGACAUGCCAAGGAGUGCAGACCUGCCACAUAGUUUCAAACUGACCCAGUCCAAGUCUGUACACAGCUUUGCUGCAGACAGUGAGGAACUGAAACAGAAGUGGCUGAAGAUCAUCCUUUUAGCUGUCACAGGUGAGACACCAGAUGGUCUUAGCAAGCAUCUGGACACUUUGGACAGUCAUCCUGAAUCUAAAAGAAAAUCAGAAUGCUGAGCUCCAGGACCAACUGUGGUGUGUGUGUGGUGGGGGAGGGGGUCUUAAGAUUUACAGCCCAAGACAUUCCCAGCUCUCCUUAUUCAUCUCUUAGCACUUUAUGUUGAAAAAUACAGGUUCAUAAAUGCAUCUUUGGGGGACUAUUUUCCUAUGUUUAUGUAGUCUUAAGUGAAAUUAACAUGCAGAGCCAUUCUACUCAAAGGUUUGAAAUAAUGUGAAAAAUGGAGCAUUUUUAAAUGAGCUUUUCUUUGAAUAUGUACUUGUGUCUUGAAAAAAAAGUGGUAUCAAUUAAUUCUGUCACUUCAGGUUAGAAAAGGCCACUUUCGUUUAAGAAAUCCUUUAAUGUCUUCACUUUCACGAGUAGGAUUUGUAAUGGUUUGAAAGAUAUACCUCCAUGUUGCCAAAAUAGAUCCACAGUUAAAAAAAAAAAAAUACAGGGACAGUUUAGGCUAUUGUAUUAACUUAUUUAAUUUAGUUUGUAAAACUCAAGCUGCAUAAAUGAUGUAUGUUCUUUUAAAACAAAAGAAAAAGGAAAAAUCGUUGGUGUUCAAACUUUCAACUUACUAAGAAAAGAUAAUACUUGUUUUUGUAGAAUACUUCUAAGAAUAAAAUCCUUAAGUAUAUAGCAAUUAUGUAUAUAUAGUAUUGAAUAUAAAUAUAUAUAUACACUAUACAUCUUUUUUCUUCAGCUUUAGGUUCAUAUUUGUCUCUAAUUUAUUUUUUAAAUAUACAGCAUGUUUUAUCUUGGAAUUGAGCAGUGUUCUAAACUUAAGAAAUGUUUUUGGUGAUUUAGGUUUAACGGAUUGACAUCUAAGGGUAUUGAUAUUUUUAUAAUAAGAAAAAGCUGUAAUUUAUGUGGCAUGGGUUAUAUCAGUGAAUUCCAACAAUAUUUUUAAAGUACUAUUUUUCUUUGUUCUGUGCCUAUUAAAACAGUGCCUCUCUUUGAAGGUGCUAAUAAUACCUACUUAAAUAUAAGAUGAGGGUUUAAUUAA